UAUUCUUUCUGUUUUCCAUUUUACUAUACCCUAUUUUGUUCUAAAAGUGUUUGAGGUAGCUCGUAAACUAUAUAUACUAUAAUAACAUUCAAAAUAAAUGUAAAUCAGAAUCAUGAAAAUAUGAAGCUUGAACAGAAAGAUGAAGUUGGGGUGUGUUAUGUUGAAAUAUAUACUAUGAAAAUUUGUACAGUUGUUAAAGGUGGGCUGCGGACUAAGUUCUGAGCUUCAUGUUGGUCGAAGAAAGAAACAUGCCUCUUGCUCAGGAAAAACACAGCUUCCUUGAAAGUAAAUAUUUGGUGAAUGAAAUGCAGGUUGUGAUUGAAUAUUUCAGAGAUACCCUAAGGUUAAGUUCUCUAGACUUCCUUAAGCCCUAACUACUUCCUAGUGUUUCUCAAAGGGGGUUCAGUUGGCAUUUUUAUGAGACUAUCUCCAACAGCUAUUUUUUUUUCUUUUUUUUAACCUAGCACACUCUUUUUCAGGCCCUGUCUUGCAGGAGGUCUUCCAUCUUUUUUGGCAUGCUUUUGUCUCCACUUGGUAGGUCCUUAUUCAAAUUUCAAAAUUCAGUUCUUCAAGACCUGAAUUCAAGUCUUCCAGACUCUCUUUUUUAGAGUCUUCUCUGAUUUUCCCAGGAAAAUUUUGAUACUCCUUCCUAUGAUGACACACACAAGUGCUAGGAUAUUGUAGGUGCCGAGUGAAUGAAUGGAAAGCUUUUGGAAAUAAGAAGGCAACAUUAAUCUAAUGUAGUCUUUAAUGAAGUCUUUGCAAGAAGAAAAAUUUAAAGGGAAUGUCUCUUCCAUUACAAAAAUGUCCAACUACAUUUUUUUUUUCCAAAAAAAAUAAUGGCACUUGGUAGUGUAUUUUACAAACACAUUGCUCUAUCAUCUAUAUUCAGAAUAGCACUGAGUCUGUAGCUUCUGAUACAGUGUUGAUCUUUUCUGUAUCUUCUUCUUUGUUGAGUAUCUUUGGCCAAGGUCGUGUGCCAUUAGUUCCUGGUUCUGGCCUGAUGAGCAUAUGUGCUGACUAGAGUUAGUUCUACUAGUCCCACUAUUCAAAGGCAGAAAGAGAGUUGGAUGCACCAGCUCAAAUCAUCACCAGUGGUGGAACAAUUUCUCGUAUGUGCUGGCAGAGAAGUCUUGUUUUAUGUAAAAAAAUGAUAAUCUUAUAAAAGUAAUAACACUGGUGUCAGAAAGAUGUCAUAUAAAUCUGUUGUUUGAAUGGCAAAAGAUCCAACGGGUGAAUAGGCUUGAAAGUUGAGUUGAAAGGUACUGUGUAGAGGUAGAGAUAUGUAAAAUAAAUUUAUUUAGAACUUUGAAUUUUUCUUUUAUUCAUUACCACUUUUCUUUAAUAUCUGCAGUGUGCCUACCUCUGUUAGAGGUGCUGAGAUACACAAGUGUAAGUCGGAAGUCCCCAGAUGUUUAGACGUUGCUCUGUCAGCUUCCGGUGUUCCUUGCAGUGGAGGAGAUGGUGGAGGCUACCCUGAUUUUUGUUCCUUUGUAGGUAAACUGGUUUUUCUGUCUGCAUCUUUGUUUUUCCUUUUUCUUUUUAUUCUUUAAGAUAUUCUACUAGGCUGCCUCUAGGCAUAGAUUCCUUUCCAACAGUUUUCUCAGAAACAUAAUGAAUCCUCUCAAUUUACAGGAAUAAAUUUUUUUAAUCUUUUUUUCCAGCUCAGGAACAGUUUUUCAAUAGUAUGUUUGCUUAUGAUUUCAGUUCAGAAAUGCUAGUUAUUUGUAGGUUGGAUCUGUCUUCUUGUCCUAUCAAUUAAUAUGCAUUGUUUUCAUCUUGGUCCCUUUUCUUCUGUUUGAAGAUCAUCUCACACGUGUACGCUGAAAUGCUAAUGAGAUUUUUUUCCAGCUUCUACACUUCUAUUUGCCUCUCAUGUAGAAUUUAAGUCUCUACUGUUGUUAAUGUUUGACUUUCCUUUCAGUUUUUUUCUUUUUAAUCUCAGCUGUUGUUUUCUUCCUCAUGUCUUGCUUUUAGAGGCUGUGUUCUUCUUUUUCCUUUUUCUUUUUCAAUUGGGAAUGUAAAGUAGAUAAUUUCUAAGUUUUUCUCCAGAUUCCUGGUGUAUGCCCACUAUAGAAGCAAGCUCCCUCUUCCUCUUUAUGGCAGUGCUCCUCUUUCUUAUGGUGCAAGAGCUUCAUCUUGGCCCCGUACUGUUACUGAAUUUUUUGGUUUUCUUACCUUGACAGAAGAGGGACUUGUGUAGGGAUGGUGUUGCUCACUCUUGCCAGAGCGAGCAAACGCCUUGCCUCCCCUACACUACACUGAGAUGCUGGAGGACUCUUCUUCUCGGUGUUAGGUUGGAGACCAGGUUGAUAGAUGAAACCAAAUUUAUACAGGAUAGCUCUUUCUGUACUCAGGAAAGGUCUUCCUUUCCUAUUGUUUAAUCUCUCGGUCCUGUGUCUGUAACAAGGGAAGUAUUUUUGUGUGAUUUGAAGUAGUUCAUAGUUUUUUGUGGGAGAGGGGUAGUGGUGAGACUGUACUCUUCUGAGAGCUCACCCUGUCCCACAGCUACCUAUUGAUGACUUUACAUCACAGUGUGCAAUAUUCCUCUUGACUUCACCUUCCACUUCUGGCCUUGAACAUUAUAUUUUUGGGAGAGAACUGCCUUGAAAGAGAAUUACCACUGGGCAUUGGAAGCCAGUGGUGGAGGGCGCACCUCAGUCUCCUUUUUUUGAGGAAGAUUGGCCCUGCGCUAACAUCUGUUGUCAAUCUUCCUCUUUUUUUCUUCCCAAAGCCCCAGUACAUACUUGUGUAUCAUAGUUGUAGAGUUGUAGCUCUUCUGUGUGGGAUGCUGCCUGAGCAUGGCUUGAUGAGAGGUGAGUAGGUCCGCGCCCACCAUCCGAACCGGUGAACCCCAGGCUGCCAAAGCUGAACACGUGAACUUAACCGCUCCGCCACUGGGCCGGCCCCCAGGCUCUGUUUUUCUUAAGGAAGUAUAGAAUGGAGUGGAGUGAGAUGCCGUCUCACUCUCUUCCCUAUUGGACCUCCUGCUGCAGAGGUCAUAGCAAGCACCAGCUACCAAUAGAAAUCCCUCAAUUCCAGUCCAGGUAUGAUGUUGCAUCCUGUUUAAACUUUGAUUUGGAAUAUGUGUUUCAAAGUGGAGGCAAGGAGGGAGCACUGAGCCUGCUGGUCAGCUACUGUCAGACCAAGUUGACUUCCUCUCCUUUGCUGCUUCCCUUAUGCCAUUUAUUGGAUUAUCUGAGCCAUACCUGCUGUGGCAUGCCAGCCCCACCCAGGCUGCCAAAUGCCUUGAAAUCCAGGCCUUUGACUAGCCCAUCAAAAUGAUCCAUUGUUUGUCUCAAUGUUCUAGCAUGAAUUCUUCUGAAAAGUAUCUCUGAUGCUAAUUAAACAUGCUUGUUUUGGAGCCUUCAGAUUCAGGUAAUCUUUCUGGCCUGGGCCUAGGAUUCCACAUUUAAAUUUGUGCCCUGAGAGCUUCUUUGCUCUCAAAAAUUUGAGGACCACUGCCCAAGGACCCUGCUAGUUAUCAUUUAGUAUGGAAGAAGAUGAGUUCUUUGGAGAAAAAACAUUCCAGCGUUAUUGUGCAGAAUUCAUUAAACAUUCACAGCAGAUAGGUGAUGGUUGGGAAUGGAGAACUUCAAAGGACUCUUCUGAUGGCUACAUGUGCAAAACGCAUUUUCAAGUUAAAAAUGGGACUGUGGCGUCACAUCCAGGAACAUCUGCCCAUGAACAGACAUGUCUUCCCAUGGAGGAGGCUUUAGAGCUGCCCCUGGAUGAUUUUGAAGUGCCUGAGACCAUGGCGGCCACCGACGUGAUUAAAUAUGAGUAUCAUGUCCUGUACUCCUGUAGCUACCAAGUGCCCGUGCUUUACUUCAGGGCAAGCUUUUUAGAUGGAAGACCUUUAGCCCUGAAGGACGUAUGGGAAGGAGUCCAUGACUGCUAUAAGACUCGGCUGCUGCAGGGACCGUGGGGCACUAUCACCCAACAGAGAUUGAAUGGACCAAUAGCAUUCCAACUGGAGUACAUGUACCCUUGGGUGUAUAUGAAGACUUCCCAAAGGAUAUUUGGACCGUUGUCAAGGAAAGGAGAGCUUUUUAGAGGAGUGAGAUUAUAAUACUAUAGCCAUAUUGAUACCAACUGGCGCAGAAUCGGAGAGAGCAUGCACUUCAGUUAAUGUGAUUUGUCAUGGCCUGUUUUCAUGGCUCUUCGAGACCCAGGUACCAGCUUGCUGAAGACACAGGUCCAGUAAUGCAGGUCUGUUCUGAGAGAUCGGAGUCGUGGCAUACUAUUUCUGAAAAGUGGCUGAUCCUGCCCCAGCCGAUCUGGAGAAGCAGCAUCCGGGGGUAUGAUGUGUUUACAAGCAUUCAAAAGAGUCACCCAACCCCACCCUAAGCCUUAACCCUGCUCCAUAUGUUCUCCUGCAUCAAGUCAGUAAUUCCCAAGAGUUGCAUCCUGUGGCCAAGUUGAAAGUGGCAUAAAGCCUAAGCUAGUUGCCUAGUCUUUAUGGAGUCUGUGUGAUGUUUCUGUGAAGUAUUUCAAAGGAGGGUUUAAUUCUAACAUUGAGACAGUGUUACUUAAAACAGUGAGGGACUAGUUAAGCAGUUUGUGUUGGUGGCAAUAUAAAUUAGUUUAAUCUUUUUGAAGGGAAAUGUGAUAAUAUAGA